UGAGGAUUUGAGAUGUGGAUGGGGGCUAGUUUGGGGGGAAGAUGUGUGUGUGAGGGAAAUUGUUGGUUUGGUGGUGGGAUUUUUCUUUGUAGUGAUGGUUGUGCGUGUGUGUAUGUCUGAGAGGGGUUUUUUUUCCCUUCGGUCAGUCUCUUUCUCUUUCUUUCUUUCUUCCUUGCUCCGUCUCUUUCUCCGACCCUCUCACUCUCUGUGUGUGUGUGUGGCUUCUCUUAUCUGCGAGAUAUUAUCUCUCAAUGGGGCUCUCCAUUAUGGCCUUACUGUGGGUAUCUGCACAAAGAUGGAGGAGUAUAAGUAUAGUACCUAUACUUGUAUGGUAUGGUAUGGGUGGUGCGGAUAGUGGGUAUCCGUAUCUGUUUCGGUAUCUCCAAUACUUGUUUGGAGAAGGGUAUGUAAGUAAAAUAUACGUAAGGAGAGGGAAAAACA